AUGGCCCCCCACCCCGAGGGGCUGCGCUGGUACCAGAUCCCCCUCUCCUCCACCCGCAUACCCCGCUCGGGGCUCUUCAGCUAUGGCUUCCAGGCCAGCCUCCAACGCUACCAGCAGCUCCGCGCCCUCAAGCACCUCCGGGUGGGCCCCCCCAUCGCCCCGCCGCUCCUCAGCCUGUUGAAUCCCUGUCCCCCCGGCCCCCCGCCCGCCGACAGCCCUCCCCGGGCCUCCCACCGCCCGCGAGGCGCCGGUAGGGCGCAAGCCCCGCAGCGCCCCAAGGAGUCCCCUGGCACCAGGAAACGGGUGAGCAGAGGGCGUCGACCUCCUGCUCGCGCUCAGCCCCAUGCCAAACGGCGGGAUGCGGCCAGCCGGGGCUCCCCACCGUGCCAGGCCACACUGGACGGUUGCGGGCAUGUCCCGGUGCAGCCGGAGGUGGCUGUGGGGUCCCUGGGGGGUGAGGCCAACCGUGUACAGCACACCGCAGACAGCGAGGACGAUGACCUGAUCCCACUGAAGGACAUGCUGCUGGCGGGGGACGAGCCCCCGAGCCCUGCAGACCACCAGCAGGUUGCGUGCCCGCGGCCAGAUCCGCUUGCCAACAGCCUGGAUUCACUGAUCCGGGAGAAGAGGGAGCAGAGCCAGGCAGCCACGCUGCAGGCCAGCCUGGCGCGGGUGCACGUGGAAGACGCCAGUUCCUGCGAGUCCUCAGAUGAUGACACUGAGCUGCCUGAGGAGCACAGGAAUCUCCUGGCCCGCUUCACCACGAAAUCCAAAUUCAUCCCCACUGUCCACCCCGGGGAGCCCGUCUUCUGCGCCCGUCCGGCGCCAGCGCCCACCCUGGACACCGGCGGGCUGGAGCCUCAGAGCGCCUUGGAGAGGUUCUUCCUCUGCAACUCGCCUGCCAGCCAGGCAGCUUUCGUCCGCGACGGGGCCCUCAGCCUGCUCUACCGCUGCGUGCCCACCUGCCCGCUGCCCGUGCUGCGCUGGCUCUUCCAGCUGAUGACCCUCUGCCCGGACACGACCAACGCUUCCCAGGCGCUGUGGGAGAUCUGGCUGAGCGUCGGAGGCGAGCCCUGGUGCCCCACGGUGCAGGAGAUCAGCCAGGCUUUCACCCGCCUCGGCGCUGACCUGAGCCCCCUGCGCCACCGGCGCCUGCUGCCCCCCGAGCUGUGCCCUGCGGACAGGAGCCCGGAUCCAUCCUGCUCCCCCACACAGGCGAGCCCCGAUGCCGCCAGCACGCUGGGCUUGGUGACGCGGCUCAAUGACAUCUGCAAGUUCCUGGCGCUGUGCGUGGUCACCCAGCCGUGCCGCUACGCCGACGAUGCCCGCCUGGCGCUCGUCACCCUCCUCUCCUUCCUCGGCCUCGACCGGGCGCUGCGCUGCCAACCCCUGCCUGAACUGCAGCACCUCCUGCACUGCCUGCUGGAGGGCAUCCGGGGCUGGCAGGAGCAGCUGCCUGCCCUCUGCCUGUCCCUCUGCCAACUUUCUCGGCACCACCACAACCUGGUUGCCCUCCUGCAGCUGCUGCCGGACCUCACGAGCAGGGACAGGGACCUUCGCCGGCACCUGAGCCUUCAUGCCAUGGCCCGGCUCCUGAGGAAGCCGCCGGGCACCGUGCCACGCCCCGGGAUGCAGAUGGAGUUGCAAGUGCUGGGCCGGCUCCUGGUAAAGGCGCAGCCGGACACCCUACGACGGCUGGUGCUCGCCGAAGGCCUGGAGGAGCCCGAGGACGCUGACCAGGAGGCUUGCUACCUGAGCUACAGCCUCCUCCUCCUCGCCAGCAACGUGGUGGGCACCGAGCACCCGCCGGCCGAGCAGCGGGGCCACCUGGAGCAGCUCUGCGCCCAGCUGGACCGGCACUUCGGGACGGGGCUGCGCGAGGGCACCCGGCUCCUCUUCCGCACCCAGCUGAAGGGCCUGGCCACCCUCCUCUACGUCAAGUGGCAGGAGAUGCUGGCGUAG